AUGGGUUUCAGGAAAUUGGUAGCUAAUCUAAAAAUAAAGCACCAAUUCACCUCUGUAGAACACCUGCAGGCCAAUGGACAGGUAGAAGCCGCCAACAAGGUCAUAUUGACCGGGUUGAAACGGAGACUACAGGAUGCAAAGGGAGCUUGGGCUCAAGAGCUCCCACAAAUCCUAUGGGCAUAUCGGACAACACCACACUCCACCACCGGAGAGUCACCAUUCCGACUUGCUUACAGAAUGGAGGCAAUGAUCCCUGUAGAGGUAGAAGAGGAAUCCCCUAGAGUGAUCCUCUACAACGAAGAUACCAACUCCCAAACUCAAAGGGAAGAGCUCGACCUACUUCUAGAGGUCCGAGAAAGCGCUCGAAUUAGAGAGGAAGUGCUAAAACAUCGAAUGGCCCUAAGGUAUAAUAAGAAGGUAGUCCGGCAAAGCUUCGCCACCAACGAUCUUAUUUUAAUCCGGAAUGAUAUCGGAGCAGAUUCCCUAAAAAGUUUCCUACUAAGACGCAUUAAUUUACGCUUAAAAGCAAAAUUCAUCGACCGAUCAUAA